CGGAGGCCGGUUCCGCCUGAACUUCUACGUCUUUCUCUGAAGUCAAACUGUUCUAGAUUUCAAUAUCCAAUCUGUAAAAACAGAUACAUAAAUCAAAAUUUCCUGCAAACAACGGGAAUUUCCAUUAAUAAAGAUUCACAAUAAUUCUCUUAGUCGCUUGAAUCAGUACCUCCAAUAAUCAAACAAUGAAGCACGUGUUUUUGAUUUUGGGUCUCUUAGUGAUCUUCCAUGGCGCUGCUGCUUUUGGUCAUUUGAAUAGUGUAGUUGGUAGUUCAGCUGGUGCUAUUGGAGAACAACCUUUAUCAAAGAUUGCAAUCCAUAAAACUAAACUUGCUCUUCGGGAUUCUGCUUCCAUUAAAGCCACCCCUCUUCUUCUUGGCAUAAAAGGCGAGGACACUGUAUGGGUCGAUGUGGAUUUUGAAAAUGACAAACCCGGUGAUGAUGAUUGGAUUGGAGUUUUUUCUCCAGCAAAAUUCAACGCAUCAAAUUGUUACGAUGAAAAUAACAGAAAAGAUCAAGCUCCAUAUAUAUGCUCAUCCCCUAUAAAGUACAAAUUUGCAAAUUUCUCCGAGUCCCAUUAUAUGAAGACUGGGAAAGCUUCUUUAAAGUUCCAGUUAAUCAAUCAGCGUGAAGAUUUCUCCUUUGCAUUGUUUGCAGGUGGAUUGUCAAAUCCUAAACUUGUAGCAGUAUCAAAUUCCAUAGCUUUUGCAAAUCCUAAAGCACCACUUUAUCCUCGCCUUGCUCAAGGGAAAUCUUGGGAUGAAUUUACAGUAACAUGGACAAGUGGCUAUAAUAUAGAUGAAGCCAUUCCUUUUGUGGAAUGGGGUUGGAAGGGUCAAAAACAAAAGCGCUCACCAGCUGGAACAUUAACAUUUGAGCGUAAAAGCAUGUGCGGUUCACCGGCACGUACAGUUGGCUGGCGUGACCCUGGUUUCAUACAUACUAGUUUCUUAAAGGAUUUGUGGCCAAAUACUGUAUAUACGUACAAAUUGGGUCACCUAUUAAGAAAUGGAUCCUACAUUUGGAGCAAGAUGUAUUCGUUCAGAUCGUCCCCAUAUCCAGGACAAGACUCACUGCAACGAGUCAUAAUAUUUGGUGACAUGGGGAAGGCAGAACGUGACGGUUCAAAUGAAUAUAGCAAUUAUCAGCCCGGCUCUCUGAAUACCACCGAUCAACUCAUCUGGGAUGUAAAGAACAUUGACAUAGUUUUCCAUAUAGGAGACAUCACAUAUUCAAAUGGCUAUAUCUCACAAUGGGACCAAUUCACGGCACAGGUGGAACCCAUAGCAUCAACUGUGCCUUAUAUGAUUGCAAGUGGCAAUCAUGAGCGUGAUUGGCCUGGGACAGGAUCCUUUUAUGACACUCCAGACUCUGGUGGUGAAUGUGGUGUGCUAGCAGAGACUAUGUUCUACGUUCCUGCAGAGAAUAGAGCCAAGUUUUGGUACUCAACAGAUUAUGGUAUGUUUCACUUCUGCAUAGCAGAUACUGAGCAUGAUUGGAGAGAGGGAUCCGAGCAGUACAAGUUUAUUGAAGAUUGCCUUGCAUCAGCGGAUAGGCGAAAACAGCCUUGGUUAAUCUUUGCUGCUCAUAGGGUCCUUGGAUAUUCUUCUGACAAAUGGUAUGGAUUAGAAGGUUCAUUUGAAGAGCCAAUGGGAAGGGAAAGCUUGCAAAAGCUCUGGAAAAAGUACAAGGUUGACAUUGCGUUCUUUGGCCAUGUCCACAAUUAUGAAAGAACUUGCCCAAUUUACCAGAACCAAUGCGUGAAUUCGGAAAGAUCACACUACUCUGGCAUUGUGAAUGGGACAAUACAUGUGGUUGUUGGUGGAGGAGGGAGCCAUUUGUCGGAGUUCAGUUCGGUUACCCCUAGUUGGAGUCUGUACCGGGAUUAUGAUUUUGGUUUUGUCAAAUUGACAGCGUUUAACCUCUCGUCUCUUCUUUUCGAAUACAAGAAAAGCAGUGAUGGAAAGGUGUAUGAUUCUUUCACUAUCUCAAGAGACUACAAAGAUGUUUUAGCUUGUGUGCAUGACGGCUGUGAAGCAAUCACUUUAGCAACUUGAACAACACGUAUUUACUGGAAGGAACCCAUUGAUAUUGUUCGAUAGGACAAAUUCUUGUUUUUUCGUGAAAUAAGGUAUUGUAGUGAUUAAGUUACAGAUUGUGGGAAAAAAAAGACAAUAGACAAUAAUGUUAAGUUGCCAAAUGUUUAAUUGUGGGUUAAUUUCACAUUUGGUCA